AUGGCAACGGCUCUCAAGGGCCUCCGGUUGACAGCCAGAAGCUGCGCUGGCGCGUCGCUCUCCUCUAAGUGCAGUGCCCGGCCAAUUGGGAGACGGAGAGUGUUUUCCACCACUCCUACACGAUGGAAGACCACGAUCGAUCCCGAGGCCGAGGCGGCUGUUAUUUCGAAAGCUGAACAGGCCCUCGGGGUCGACUUAAGGGCCGCGCACGCAGAGAUAGACAGUUCAGCGAAAGAUAUACAAGAUUAUCUAGAUGCAGAGUUGGAUUUUGGUCCGCCAGGGCCAGAAUUCCUACCAGCGAAAAAGAAGCUCAAGGAGACAUUCUUGAAUAUGGGGGACCCAGAACCAUUCGAAGAUGGAGGGUUUGCUGAGGAUAUGGAGGAUGAUCUUUCAUCACUCGCCCAUGGUGAAUUGGAACAGCACAGAGAGUGGAGACAUUAUGCCAGAUUGGCCGCUUGGGAGAUGCCGCUUUUGUCAAAGUUAGCAAAGCCAUUCGAACCACCAACAGCAGACAUGCCAUUGCGAUUCAGAUACACAACUUACAUGGGGGAACACCACCCAGCGGAGAAGAAAGUCGUCUUGGAGUUUUCUCCAGCAGACAUGCCCAAUCUAACAUCGAUCCAAAGAGACAAGCUGAGAAAAUUACUGGGGCCGAGAUACAACCCAGAGGCAGAUACUGUUCGAAUGAGCUGUGAAAUGUUUGAGACGCAAGCUCAAAACAAACGGUAUCUAGGUGAUUUGGUUGAUACACUUCUUCAUGAAGCAAGGGAUCCUACGGAUACCUUUGAAGAUGUACCUUUGGAUACCCGACAUCAUCACUUUAAGCGAAAACUCCGCUUCCCCAAGGAGUGGGAAAUGACAGAAGAUCGGCGCCAGGAGUUAGUUAAGCAUCGUCAACAAGCAGUAAUGAAGGAUCAGAAACGAGAAACCGCUGGCCAGUUAGUAGAUGGGAUAAAGCAAAUCGAGAUGGCAUGGGCAAAACCUGUCGCUAGGGAAGCAAUUCCCGAAAUGGCUAUGGCUGGUAAGGGAUUAAAGGGGAGGGGACCGACUGGGAAGAGGGUGGGUGUCAGAAGGUAG